AAAGAAAAAGUAGUUUUCACGGGCUUCGGUGGGGACUGCGCACCUCCCACCACCUCCGCCCGCCUCUCCAGCAUCAGCUAUCAACAAGGCUGCAUCGCCGCGUGCACCUGUGAAGCGCUCCACAGCUCAAUGGCUCCCACCAUGCGGCCCUUCGCUGCGGCGAACCUCCUCUCGCAGGCCCAGCUGGCUGGCCGCCGCGCCUACAGCACACAGCGCCCGUCCUUGAUCGGCAGCAGAGCGCGCUGGACACCGCGUCCCGUCCAGUCCCAGAUUGCCCUGCGCCAGAGCUUCCGCCAGCAGAGCAACUUGACCCCCGGCAAGCAGCAGGUCAAGAAGGGCGGCUUCAGAAUCUUGCGCUGGACGUGGCGCCUCACCUGGGUGUCCGCCGUUGCAGGCCUCGCAUAUGUUGGCUACGGCAUCUACGAGACGCGCAACCCCGUCGACCAGCCGCCGCCCGACCCGACCAAGAAGACGCUCGUCGUCCUCGGUACCGGAUGGGGCUCCGUCUCCCUCCUCAAGAAGCUCGACACGGAGAACUACAAUGUCAUCGUCGUCUCGCCGCGCAACUACUUCCUCUUCACCCCGCUCCUCCCCUCGUGCACCGUCGGCACGAUCGAGCACCGCUCCAUCAUGGAGCCCAUCCGCAACUUCCUGCGCCACAAGAAGGCCGCCGUCAAGUACUACGAAGCCGAGGCCACCAAAAUCGACUACGAGAAGCGCAUCGUGUACGUCAACGAUGAGUCGCCCAUCAAGGGAGACGUCUCCCAGACUCAGGUCUCCUUCGACAUGCUCGUUGUCGGUGUGGGUGCUGAGAACGCGACUUUCGGUAUCCCCGGUGUCCGCGAGCACGGCCUGUUCUUGAAGGAGGUCGGCGAUGCCCAGGCCAUCCGCAACCGCAUCAUGGACUGCUGUGAGACAGCCACCUUCAAGGACCAGUCUGAGGAGGAGCGCCAGCGUCUGCUGCACAUGGUCGUCGUUGGUGGAGGACCCACCGGUGUGGAGUUCGCUGGUGAGCUCCAGGACUUCUUCCACUCCGACCUGAAGAAGUGGAUCCCCGAAAUUCAAGAGAAGUUCCACGUCACCCUCGUCGAGGCCCUCCCCAACGUUUUGCCCAUGUUCUCGAAGCAGCUCAUCGACUACACCGAGAAGACGUUCAAGGAGGAGACCAUCGACAUCCGCACAAAGACCAUGGUCAAGAACGUCACAGACAAGUACAUCGAGGCUGAGUCAACGGGUCCUGAUGGCAAGAAGCAGCUCGAGAGGAUCCCCUACGGCCUUCUCGUCUGGGCCACCGGCAACGCUCUGCGACCGCUCGUCAAGGACUUGAUCAACCAGAUCCCGGCUCAGAAGGACUCCCGCCGUGGUCUCGCCGUCAACGAGUACCUCGUUGUCAAGGGCACCGAGAACGUCUGGGCUGUCGGUGACUGCGCCGUCGCCAACUACGCCCCUACUGCCCAGGUCGCCGCUCAGGAAGGUGCUUUCCUUGCUCGCAUGUUCAACCAGAUGGCCAAAUCCGAGGAGAUCGAGACCAAGCUGACUGAGCUGUCCGAGGUCCAGGAGAAGGCGCCCAACGCCGAGGCCCGCAACAAGGCUUUCGAGGAGAUCAAGGACCUGCAGAAGAGGCUGAGGAGGAUGAAGGGCGUCAACCCCUUCGAGUACUCUCAUCAGGGUUCGCUCGCUUACAUUGGUUCCGAGAAGGCCGUCGCCGAUAUCUCAUGGUUCUCUGGCAACAUCGCUUCCGGCGGUACCAUCACCUACUUCUUCUGGCGCAGCGCCUACCUCAGCAUGUGCUUCAGCACCCGCAACAGGAUCCUGGUGCUCAUGGACUGGGUCAAGGCUAAAGUCUUUGGUCGCGACGUGUCGCGUGUCUAAACCCUUCCCUCCUUUGAGUUUCCCUAAAAGUUCCACCGUUGUCUAUAUACCACCAUCACCCUCCCCAGCGACUACCCCCUCUGUAUUGUAUCACUGUAAUACUGGGUCCGGUCUGAAUGAUCUUGGGAAGAGCUAAGGCGUUCUGUGGGUUUGCGAGCGGGUUGAUAGAUUCUUUUUGUAUGUCCUAGUUGGAGGAGAAAGUCACGAAACAGACAUUCGCAUUGCAAUGCAUUACUAUUCGAAACCCAUCACAGCCUGAAUCGAUCGCACUGCAACCACGUUCCCUUCCUCUUUUCGAGGUGGCAGUCGCCAUUGUAUUCCCGCGGCUACGCCUGCAGUUGCAAUCAUGAUGACAGCAACGACACAUGCGUGUCGCUCACAUCUCUCCUAACGUCCCAAUCUU